AUGGCGGAGCUCAAGGAAAGAGACGCUGUUCAGCUACACCAGGAGGACGUCGAUAUAAACGAAAGAGGUGGAGAACCUGGUCAGGAUGUCCCCCCGACAGAUGACCAUGAUGUGGUAGCUGUGAAGAAGAGUGAAGAUAGGGACGGUGAUGCUAAACCAUCCACUACAACUAUCGAGAGACACAUAUCCAUUCAGAGUAAACUGGAAGGCCUUGAGAUGCUUGUUGACCUCAAUGGUGCCGGUCGGAAGUCAUGUCCUCUGUGCCCCGAGGAGAAGUUUAAGGCCUGCUAUAGCCACAAGUUGAGACGCCAUCUCCAGAAUCUCCACUGGAAAGUCUAUGUUGAGUUUGAAGGUCAAAGAAUGUGCAUCUGCCACCUGCCCUGCAGACACAUGAAGCCCAGCCUCAGUGCAGACCAAACACCAGGGAGGCAUGUGGCUCACUACCACUGUGUGGUGUGUUCUGUCACCAUUGCCCGUAAAACAGAUAUGGUGAGCCACCUGAAACGCCACAUCAACAAGGGAGAGACAGAGGCUAGCUACUCAGGGAGCUCGGAUGUGCCUUUCGAGGAGCCAGCUCCCUCUGGCCAGGCUUAUGAAAUCAUGAAGGAGCUUGGGACCAAUGUCCAGCUCCUCCCCAACCACACCACCCCACAGAAGAGUGACACUUAUUUCAACCGUAAGAUGAAGACCAACAGGCAGCUAGUGUUUUGUUCGUUGGCUGUACUGGCAGAGGAGAGAAACCCUUUGGAGUGUCUGGAUGCUUUUGGGGCCACAGGUAUUAUGGGCCUACAAUGGGCUAAGCACCUUCGUAAUGCAGUCAAGGUGACCAUAACAGACAUCAACGAGACAUGCGUCAAAAUGAUUAAAGAGAACUGUCAGCUCAAUCACAUCCGGAUAGACGGAGGCUCUCGGACUACCUGGGCUGCUGAUGGGACAAGCAGCGAAGUAGAGGUACUUCCCAUCGCCACAGUAGAAGUCGCCAAGAUGGAUGCCAAUGUCAUCAUGCAUCUGCGGUCCUUUGACUACAUUCACUUGGACCCUUUUGGCACAACAGUGAACUACCUGGACGCUGCCUUCCGCAAUGUGCGGAAUCUGGGCAUUAUCUCAGUGACAUCCACUGACACGGGCUCACUGUACGCCAAGUCACUCAACGCCACUGUGCGUCACUAUGGCUGUCACAUUGUCCGCACAGAAUACUAUAAAGAGUUGGCAGCCCGCAUGGUGGUGGCCACUGUAUCCAGAGCAGCGGCACGCUGUAACAAAGGUAUCGAGGUAUUGCUGACAGUAGCUGUGGAACAUUUUCUCUUGGUGGUGGUUAGGGUCCUCAGAGGUCCUACCCAGGCAGAUGAAUCAGCUAAGAAGCUCCGGCAGCUUAUCCACUGUCAGUGGUGUGAGGAGAGGGUCUUCCUCAAACAAGGCAGCAUGGUAGAAGACAAUCUCUAUAACCAGCUCCCCUGUAACUGUCAUGGAAGUAUGCCUGGGAAAACUGCUGUGGAGCUGGGACCAUUAUGGUCAGGCCCAUUGUUCAACACUGGGUUUCUAAGAAGGAUGCUGUGUGCAGCAGUACACCACAGUAUGGAUGACAUCCAGACACUGGUCAAAACUCUCAUCUUAGAGUCUGAGUGUACCACCUUCAAGUCUUCUGUUCACGGGCCCACCGCUUUCACCAACCAAGUGGAGUGUGGUGUGGUCAUCAAGACUUUACAGAAGGGUGAGGAGUCAGGCACAGCCAACCAGUCCGGAAAGAGGAAAUCAGGUGAGGAUUCAGGAAAUAUGGUGAAGAAACUGAAGUCUGAUGCAGCUCUGGAACACCCAGCCUUCUACUACAGUAUCCACCGCCACAGCAUCAGAGGCAUGAACAUGCCCAAGUUGAACAAAUUUCUGCAGUACCUGACAGAGGCUGGGUUCAGGGUGGGCCGGACCCACUUUGACCCCACGGGGGUUCGGACGGAUGCCACACUGGAGCAGUUUAAAUCUGUCCUCACUAAGUACAGCGUGCCCACCUAUACAAACACCACCACCACCCAGACCAGCGUGGGCAAUGAAAAGACAUCAUGAGACACUUAAGUGAUCCAUUCUGAUGGCUUUGGGGUCAAUUCAUUCAAAAUGCUUUCAGUUCACUCUAUUCGAAAUUCAAACACUGAAUACCUUCUCUAAUCUACUCUCUAAAUACCCAGUUACUUCGAAAACAGAGAGUGAUUUCCAUGCCAUUAACCCUUGCAAUGUUUGAUUUUACGUUUUGAAUUAACUCCAACCCUGUUGAAGUCCAAGGUGUCUUUUUUUUUUUCUUCUUGGAACCCAAAUGGAGUUCUGACUGCACUGAUACCAAAUUUGAUACCGACUUGUUUACUAAUUAGAGUUGCUUUUUAAAGAGAGUUAUAUUUAAACCCAAUUAAGCUGAGCCUGCUACAAAGAUGAGUAUUUUUUUCCAUCACUGGUCUAUUUAUUCUUUUUAUGUCAGUUUCUUUUAGAUUAUUGAUAUAUGAUAGAGUUUAUCUGCUUUGUUGGUUCAUGUUCUUUUGUCAUACUCCUGUCUAACAUAAUAGUAAUAAAAGCUU